CCCCAUGCGGGAGGAGUACGGAGAGGAGUUCAUGAGCAUGCUGCAGAAGCUGCUCUGGGAGUACCUGCAGCGCCUGGACCAGUCGCUGCCCAGGGUCCGGUUCGACCAGCUACGAGAGGCGGCCCGGGCCGUGGACUCUUCUGACCCCUGCCACGCGCAGUUCCUGAUCGGGUGCCUGAAGAAACUCGACCCUCGCUCGCUGUGGCUGCUCAUCGGAAACACAGAGGUGUCCGACCCCCAGGACGGAGUGUCCCUUGGCCUCGCGUCAGAAGUGGAGCCCGACAUCAACCUCCGAGGCGGCCCCACCUUCCCGACGGCCUGGAGAAGCACCGGCCCGCGCCCUCCAGGCGAAGACGGGCGGUCACCCUGGGCCCCGGCGGGACGAGAGGAGGGCGGCGAGGGCUCGGGGUGGGUGUCCCCGCCAUUCACCCCGGAGCAGCGGGCGGCGGGCAGCCGGCAACCGUGGGCAAGGGGCCCGGAGAGGCGGAGGAGUGGCCGGGCUUCCCACGGCGGUGCGGGGGCGCCGGGGAGGAGCUGCGGCGGGGACCCCGGCUGCCUGCCGCCCCGACAGUCCGAACCGGGGGACGCCGGGCUCCGGCACUCACCCCACCCCCUCCUCCUCCUCCUCCAGCCGGCGGCCCCGGUCGAAACCUCGAGCGCCUGGCGGGAGGUCAAGGGGGCGCCGCUGUCGUCACCGUCACCAGCCUGCGGGAGGUGCGGCUGGAUCUCGGCGCGGAAGCGGGCGGCGUCCGGGGAGGGCGGCCUGCACGGCGAGUGCAGCCCCGGCCCGGGGGAGCCCACCCGCCCCUGGAGGCUGACGGGAAUCAAACGGGCGAGCGGCCGCGAUGUUCGCGGAACGAGGCGCGACAGUGACCGAUCGCCGUGGGAGGGGAGUAGCCCGUCCACCUCGCCGUCUCGUCGCUGGAGGCUGCCGCGCAGAAGCAAGGAGAAAGAGAACCAAGCUGCCUCGGGAUUGAUCCAUCCGGCUUGUAGGAGCCCGGAUGUAGGAGGAUCGUGUGAGCGGCUCCAGGACCCAACCACAGGGAUCGUGCCGCUGCGGCCUCACAGUGUGGAGUUGACAGACGUUAUCUCGGACUCGGAGGACGAGGGCCGGGACCCGCUGACCGCCUGCCUCGGUGGGAAGGGGCCUCUGCGGCUGUACCAGAGGACCAAGUAUGACACCUACAUCCCGACCCUGGUCCAGCACCUGCACCCGCUCGCCGUACACCCCUGCUACGUGGCCCUGGAGAGGUUGGCGAGGCCGACUGUGAGCUAGCUGACUGACGGACCCUGAGCAGCGGCAUCGACCACCGCGGCGGCUCGUUCCUCACGAGCUCUCCGACGUUCGGGACAGUUUGGGGGGGGAACAGCCCGUUUCUUUCGCUCCUCAAGGACACCCCCCCCCCCGCCUGUACUGGAACUUCACCCGCCCCUUUCACGUCGGUCGGCUCCCCCCGUAUACUCAGUGAACUGCGAUUUUCCUUUUCGCUUCUCCCACGUACUGCCUGCUGCGCACAGCUCCGGGUCGCCCGGGGGGUGAGGCCUGCCGAGCAUGGCCGUCAACGCGCCACGGCCGGCGGGGGGGGGUGGGGGGGGGUGGGCAAGUGGUUCACAGGAAGCGGGUCAUCGCCCGCCGCGAGGAAGCAACAUAGCGGGCAGGAACAGGUUUACGAAGGAGGAGGUUUUGAGUGACGGAGCCUCGGUGAGCUCCCCAGCUCUCUGAUGGCAAGAGGAGGAUGGGUUUUUGCACAGGUCGUAGAGGAGGGGGCGGGGGUGGUGGGGCUGCUGGGGGUGCAGUCGGGGAAGUGGUGGCAGCAAGACAUGUCGCUCAUCCGGGAGCGCGGGUCACGAUCCGCUGUCCGCCGAGGCUCCGUGGGUCGGCGCUCUCUCCUCGGGGUCUGAAAGGCUUGGUUUGCAUUCCUGCUCCCCCUCCCCCCCCCCCCCCCCACCACCUCCACCCGCCAUUAGAGACUCGAGCCCCACAACCUCGGCCGACGCCGCCGAGGGAGUGCUGCAGGGUCGGAGGCGCUCCAUCUCCGGGACCCAAAAUCGAUCGGUCAGCUGCAAAGCAAUUGGGGGCUGGCAAGCGGGGAGGUACGAAGGCCAAACCCUUCACAUCUUGACGUUCACCUUUGAGUGAGGUGAGGUGGGGUGGGGUCGGGUGGCAGGGGUGAGUUAGGGACCAGGCAUUCUGGAGAUGGCAUCUAGUCAGGGUCUGAGAGACCAGCUGAGGGACUGGCGG